AUGCCAUGGAAAUGUCCUGGCACCUGCUCAUGGCGGCCCUUGGUGCCAUACGUGCUGCUGGCCGCGGUUCUUGCCGGCGGCUUGGCGAGUCGCGGAACGCUUUCACUUUCCAAUUGCACGCAAGCUGAGCACCGUCAUCAGCAGUCUGCAGUGAGCGGCGAGCGGGGCGAGCAAGGUGAUUUCACACACUUUGUGAGCGAGGCGGGCCUGCGUUGCGGAAGUCAAGUGCGCAAAGACUGCUGCAACCUGCCGGCCGCCACGUCUUGGAACUCGAAAUCGACUGCAGUUAACGCGACAGACUCCAGCAUGUCUUGUGACUUGUUGGAGUCCUUUCUGCGCAUAGUCAGCCCGACGUGCCCGUGGAUGAACUCGACAUGCGCAACUUGCGCACCGCCCCAGCGCAAGGGAAGGCCUUUCCGAGUUGGCAUAUUCGGAGGAUCCAACACGGCGGGGAGGGUGAUGCACAGAGUCUCGUGGGCCUACAUUGUGAAAAAGAUAUUGGAUGCCUUGGAGAUCCCAGUCCGGGUGGACAACAAUGGCAUUGCAGGGCACGGCGCCGAGUUUUGGCUGAAUUGCCAACCUACGGCAACUUAUGAUGUGGCUAUGGCAGAGUUCGCAAUCAACGAAAAGUCGACACAGAACAUGCAGUCGUUUCUCCGACUCCUGGCGAGUGUUGCACGGUACGUGGUGCUUGUGGAGCUUUUUUUUUGGGACGUGACUGCGCCAUAUGCGCCCGGCCCGAGCUACAGUGUUGGCGAGCUUGUCUCAAGGAACAGCAUGAAUGAAAGGUUUUGCAUGUUGAACAUGCGGAAGGCUGCUUCCAUCUACUGGAGGCAAGUGUCCCCUUUCACGACGCGGGAGCUGUUUUCCGUAGUUCCCGAAGAAUGCCACAAAGCUUUGGAGGAUGAGGACUUCAAGUUGCUGAAGCAGUGCAACAGUCAGUUCAGCCGCCACUUCUUGCACGGAAACCAAGCUUUUCAGGACUUGUUAGGCAUUUCCGCGGCAUGGACGCUGGUACACUUACUACGUACCAUUGAGCCGGACGAGAAGAGCACCCUGCCAAGCAUGUCAGCUUCCUUGUGCUUCGGCACGUACGGUUUCGCUCGUAAUUCUUUGGACCCUCGAUGGGAUGAGCUGGGAAGCAUCGUGCCCACCUCAUCAUUGGAAGAGCUGGACUUUGAGAGACUUUCCGGGUUUCAGUAUGGAGACCCUUUUGGGGAGAAGAGACCGCAGAACUACAAGAAGUCCAUGUAUGCGUCGACGGCUGGCUCAACGCUGGUUCUGCGCCUUGCUCCUUGCACCCGCAAGGUCGGCGUCGGCUACGUCUGGCACGCCAUGCCAUCCGAGGGCAGCCGGUUCAAAGUCACAGUCCAAGGCACCUCAAAGUCUGUCAACACAAGCGAGGCUGAGGAUCAUAAAGACCAUGGGCAGGAGCGUGUAGGUAAGUUCGUGUACAUGGACAUCAACCCGAGCCUUCCCGCCCGAUUGAAGAUCACGACGGUCAAGGUGCCGAAGGGUAACUUCGUGGAGAUAUGUCGGCUGGUGUUCUUUGGCUGCCAGAAGUGGGAACCUUAA